GCGGUCCCGGUGUCCCCGCCCUGCUGUGCUGUCACCCCGCCGUCCCCAUGCCGUCGCGGGUGCUGUGCCUGGGCGGCGGGGCCGGGGGUCCCGCUGCGCGCAGGGUCCGCCUGCUGCUGCGGCAGGUGGUGGGCGGCGGCGCGGCCGCGGCGCGGUCCGGCCGCUCCGAGGUCAGGGCGCUGCACGGCUCAGGUGAUACUGUCACUAUUGGAGAUGUGUCUUUUAAACUCAAAACACCGAAGAACCCAGAACUUGUUCCACAGAACUACAUGACAGAGUCUCUGGCCCAGUCUGUAGUCCACCAUUUAAGAUGGAUAAUGCAGAAAGAUCUUCUUGGCCAAGAUGUUUUUCUUAUUGGGCCUCCUGGGCCUCUCCGGCGAUCUAUUGCCAUGCAGUAUCUGGAGCUGACAAAGCGGGAGGUUGAAUAUAUUGCACUGUCGAGGGACACCACAGAAACUGACCUCAAACAGCGACGAGAGAUCCGAAAUGGCAGUGCUUUUUAUCUUGACCAGUGUGCAGUUCGUGCAGCUACUGAAGGCAGAAUCCUUGUUCUGGAAGGCUUGGAGAAGGCUGAGCGGAAUGUCCUGCCAGUAUUAAACAAUUUGCUGGAGAACAGGGAAAUGCAGCUUGAAGAUGGUCGUUUUCUCAUGUCUGCAGAUCGUUAUGACAAACUUUUGCAGGAACAUACAAAAUCAGAGUUAGAUGCAUGGAAGAUUGUUCGGGUUAGCGAAGAUUUUCGAGUGAUAGCCUUGGGCCUGCCAGUACCUAAAUACUCUGGUAACCCUUUGGAUCCACCCCUUCGCUCUCGAUUUCAAGCUAGAGAUGUUUACCAUCUGCCCUUUAAGGACCAUCUUCAGCUAUUAUAUUCAAUCGGAUCAAACAUUUCCGCUGAGAGAGUUUCUCGGCUCCUGUCUUUUGCUACAACUCUCUGCUCUCAAGAAUCUUCUACAUUGGGACUUCCAGAUUUUCCUUUAGACAGCUUAUCGGCUGCAGUUCAGAUUUUGGAUUCCUUUCCUAUGAUGUCAGUCCAGCAUGUUAUUGACCGGCUUUACCCCUAUAAUCUUUUCCUUGGAAAGGAAGGCAAGACUGCAGUCAAAGACAUGUUAAAAUGCUUUGAGCUUCAAGAUUCAGAAAAGCACUUGUUUCCCAGGAAGAUUACUAGAGUAGAAAGUGUACAUGGAAACAAACCCUUCAGAGCUGAUGUAACUGUCCAAAUUGGUGAAAAAGAAGUGACAUUCCAGGUUCCAGCUGGAACUGGAAUGUUAAAAAACCAUUCUCAAUCAGAUACUUUCAUAAGGACUUCCAGCCAUAAUCAGCUGUUGGCAGAAAUGAUGCAAUCCCAUAUGGUUAAAGAUAUGUGUUUAAUUGGAGGAAAAGGCUGUGGCAAAACAGUUAUUGCGAAGGAGUUUGCUGAUAUACUGGGAUACAGCAUAGAACCUAUCAUGCUAUACCAGGAUAUGACAGCUAGAGAUUUGCUGCAGCAAAGGUACACUCUUCCGAAUGGAGACACUGCUUGGAGACCGUCGCCGCUUGUCACUGCAGCUCUGGAAGGAAAGCUUGUUCUUCUUGACGGCAUUCAUCGAAUUAACCCUGGCACUCUAGCUGUGCUCCAAAGACUAAUACAUGACAGAGAACUGACACUCUAUGAUGGCACCAGAUUAUUAAGGGAAGACAGAUACCAGAACUUAAAAGAAGAAUUGCAGCUCUCUGAUGAGAAACUACAGGCAAGGUCAAUCUUUCCUAUCCAUCCUUCUUUCAGAAUAGUGGUCAUGGCAGAACCUCCUGUCAUUGGUAGUAGUACUCAACAAUGGCUGGGUCCAGAGUUUUUGACACUGUUUCUUUUUCAUAAUGUUCGAUCUUUAAGCAAGAGUGAAGAAAUUGAAGUUAUUAAACAAAUGAUUCCAAAUGUACCCGGUGUUGCUGUGGAAAAGUUGUUGUCGGUAACACACAAACUUCGGGAGACAAAUGAUGCCACUGCACAGUCACUGGCCUCGUUUUUAUCUACUCGACAGCUGUUGCGAAUUUGUCGUCGACUGUCACAGCAUCCAGAUGAAAGCCUUUAUGAUGCUGUUAAUAAAGCCUGCCUUUCCAGAUUUUUACCAAACCUCGCCAGAUCAGCUUUACAUAAAAAUCUGAAGGAUUCUGGUAUUGAAAAAGGUCCAGAGGACACAGAGAAACUAGAGGGAAACGAUUACGCAUGUGAAAUAAAAAAUGGGGUUCUGAAGAUUGGGUCUGUGACCAUGCCAAUUUAUAACCCAGCUGAGAAGAUGAAAGUGCCAGAUGUUUUGUUUUAUGAAAAUGCACAACAUAUGAUGGUCAUGGAAGAUAUGCUCAAGGACUUUCUGCUGGGAGAACAUCUUCUUUUAGUUGGCAACCAGGGCGUUGGGAAAAACAAGAUUGUUGACAGAUUCCUUCACCUUUUAAAUAGGCCCAGAGAGUAUUUACAGCUGCAUAGGGAUACCACUGUACAAAGCCUUACCCUACAACCUUCUGUAAAGGAUGGUCUUAUUAUAUAUGAAGAUUCACCACUGGUAAAAGCAGUCAAGUUCGGACAUAUUUUGGUAAUUGACGAGGCAGACAAAGCACCAACAAAUGUUACCUGUAUCUUAAAAACUUUAGUAGAAAGUGGGGAAAUGGUUUUGUCAGAUGGAAGGCGAAUUGUUGCCAAUCGUGCUCAUGCAGAGGGGAGAGAAAACGUAAUAGUUAUUCAUCCUGAUUUUAGAAUGAUAGUUCUGGCAAAUAGGCCUGGAUUUCCUUUCUUGGGUAAUGACUUUUUUGGCACAUUAGGGGACAUUUUUAGUUGCCAUGCUGUCGAUAAUCCCAAGCCACAGUCAGAACUGGCAAUGCUUAAACAAUAUGGUCCUGAUGUUCCAGAGGCAAUUCUGCAGAAACUGGUGGCUGCUUUUGGAGAGCUCAGGAGCUUAGCUGACCAAGGAAUUAUUAACUACCCCUAUUCAACUAGAGAAGUUGUGAACAUUGUAAAACAUUUACAGAAAUUUCCAUCUGAAGGACUCGCAAACGUUGUCCGAAAUGUAUUUGACUUUGACUCCUACAACAAAGAGAUGUGUGAAAUUUUAUACAACACUUUGCACAAAUAUGGGAUACCUAUAGGAGCAAAACCGACCAAUGUACAGCUGGCCAAGGAACUGCCAUUACCAGAUCAUAAGUUUAUGGGCUAUUGGAAAGUUGACCAGCCAGGAAAUGCACAAAAGAAAAUGCUGUGUCCGUCAGAAACUCAAAAAAUAGAUGUCAAGGGCCCUGUGUACUUAAAUAUUCAACGCUUUCCAGUGGAGCGACAUGAAGCCAGGUCCAUCAGUUUCACAGAAGAACUUGCUUUUUGGACACUGCCUUUAGAUGAAAUUAACUUAGUUUGUGAUGUCACGGUAACAAAAGAAGAGGAACCUGAAAAUGUUCUUUAUGUUACUACAUGCAAUCCUGUUUCCUUGUACUUCAUGAACAUUUCUAGUAAGACUGGAUACUUUGUGGAUCUUUAUGACCUCUUCCCAAGAACAGUUGGAAGUGUCUGGCAACCUUUUGUGACUGCAGCACCCCUGGGAAAUCCACUUAAAGGUCAAGUGGUUCUACAUGAAGAGGAGAGCAAUGUUGUGUUGUUGCUGGAUACAGGCAACAGUUCCCUUCGCCGACUUGUACUCUCACCAGAUGCUCAAGACUCUCCUAAGAGAACAUCUUGGUGGAGCAACAAAGAGGAGACGAGCAGCUACAAAAUGUGCCGAGAGUUUUCACACAAAAACUGGCUGGUGUUCUACAAAGAAACAGGAAACCGCCUCAUUGUACUGGAUGUAUUGGAGGGUCAAACUCACACCAUCUCACUUCCAAUCAGUCUGAAAGCUGUUUUCCUGGUGGCUGAAGACCGGUGGCUCUUGGUGGAAAAUGAAACAAAUAAGAAAUUUCUUUUAACCAAGCGUGCCCAUAUGGAAGCUCAAGACAAUGAGGUUUGCCAGCUGCAUGCAUUGAAUGAAGAGCCAGCUGACAUGGGAUUUGGCUUAACAGCAGUGUCAGAACUGUGUGUGCCUCAAGCAGUUUCAACUGACCAGCUAUCUUCCGAAAACCUCAGUGCAGCUGUGGGACAAAAGAUCAGCUCCCCCAACAGGAUCUUCUCAGAUGAGCAUAAUUAUGCUACUGUUGUUAUUGGUUUCCCAGACCUUUUGUCUCCCAGUGAAGUGUAUAGCUGGAAAAGAAAUUCCUCUCUGACUCACAAACGUGCUUCUCCUUCUGAUCCACUUUAUUAUGGAGCCCAGAGGAAAACAGGAGCUGCAAAACAAACCAAUUGUGUUACUUUAUUGGCUUCUAAUCAAAUAGUCAGAAUUUUAGCUCCCGGAGAUGUGCCUCUGAAAGACAUUUACCCAAAAGAUGUCACUCCUCCACUAGCUGCUGGAUACUUGGAAGUGACAGAUCUUAAUUCAAAGAAAGUCAAAUACAUUGCAAUUCCUAGUUCACAGUCUCUCUCUCCAUAUACAUCUUGGCUCUCUAAGAUCUCAGAUGCUGAUGCCCUGCUGGCGCCGCUGGGCAAAGUAGGUUUGGUUACUGUGGACAUGGGAGGAGGUGUGAGGCUUUGGGAAACUGGGCUGGAAAGCCUCCAGCAGUCACUGCAGGAGUGGAGGAACAUGAUUGGCCAAGAAGAUGGUCGUCCUGUGCAGAUAACUAUUGAGAGGGAAAGUGGUUUGGAUGUCAGCUCCCCCAAACAUGGAAAAGUGGAUCCAUUCAACACGCCACACGUUGGUGGAAAUGUGUGGGCUGGUGGAACAGGUGGGAGAGACACUGCUGGGUUAGGUGGCAAAGGUGGUCCGUAUCGACUGGAUGCUGGCCACAGGGUAUACCAAGUAUCUCAAGCUGAAAAGGAUGCUGUUCCUGAGGAAGUUAAGAGAGCUGCUCGAGAGAUGGGUGAAAAGGCCUUUAAACAGAGACUGAAAGAGAUUCAGAUGAGUGAAUAUGAUGCAUCAACUUACGAAAGGUUCUCUGGAGCAGUCCGGCGUCAAGUUCAGUCACUCCGCAUCAUCUUGGACAAUCUGCAGGCCAAGGGUAAAGAAAGACAAUGGCUGAGACACCAAGCUGUUGGAGAGCUGGAUGAUGCCAAAAUCAUUGAUGGGCUGACAGGAGAAAAAGCCAUUUAUAAACGACGUGGAGAACUUGAGCCACAACCCGGGAGCCCGCAGGAGAAGCCCAAGCGGCUGCGCCUGGUGGUGGAUGUUUCCGGCAGCAUGUACCGCUUCAACGGCGUGGACGGGCGGCUGGAGCGCUCCAUGGAGGCCGUCUGCAUGGUCAUGGAGGCUUUUGAGAACUAUGAGCACAAAUUCAAGUAUGACAUUGUUGGACAUUCAGGAGAUGGCUUCAACAUCGCCUUGGUUGGGAGUGACAAAGUUCCCAAGAACAAUAAGCAAAGAUUAGAGAUUCUUAAGACCAUGCAUGCCCACGCUCAGUUCUGCAUGAGUGGAGACCACACCUUGGAAGGGACAGAACAUGCCAUUCGGGAGAUCGCCAAGGAGGAGGCUGACGAGUAUUUUGUUAUCGUCUUAAGUGACGCGAAUCUCGAGCGUUACGGAAUUCCGCCAUCCAAGUUUGCACAGGUCUUGACCACCAACACUCAAGUCAAUGCUUUUGCCAUAUUUAUAGGAUCCUUGGGAGACCAGGCAGAUAGGCUGCAGAGGACACUGCCAGCAGGUCGAUCUUUUAUUGCCAUGGAUACCAAGCAGAUCCCUCAGAUUUUACAGCAGAUCUUCACAUCUACCAUGUUGUCAAGUGCCUAAGCAUCACUGAUGUCACCAGGUGUGAACUCAAAGAGGAAACCCACUCCUGCUGGAGCUACAAACCCUAAAACUGAGUAUAAACACAAUUAUUAAUAAAAUAUGCCCCCUUCUCUAAUCAGCCAAGCAACCAUAAAUCUACAUGAUGGCCAGGCUGUAAAUUUUUCCCCAGAAUCUCUCAAGUGACUUAGCACACUCAAAGAGCUGCAUCGGGGCAGAGGAUGGCGACAGAAUGAAGGUUUUUCCAGAGGGACAAACAAACAAAGGACGGUCUGUGAUCAUUCCUCUGCCUGCUGUGUUGCCAGCACUACGGAAUCAUCUCACCCUGUUUCAUUAAACACGGUUCGCUGGGAUUUGGUAAUCCUGUGCAAGGCAGAUCCAGGCAAUCUGUGUCAGUGUUUAGCAUGCAUGUGUUUGAAUGGGUGGUUAACUCCAUCUCUGAUUUAAA